AUGUGCCCCAGUUAUCCAGACAGCAAGAACAACAGACGCAACAACGACAGCAACAGUAUGCGGAUCCGGUUUUAUGGUGCCCCAGUUGUGCGUUCUCUGGGUCUUUUGAAGAUCUUCGCAAUGGCUCAUACCAGUGAGGCAGCUACCAUCAACUAUACCAUCGGCAUUCAUUUCGGCCAUACUGAGCUAUCUUCGGCCUACUAUGACUCAAACUCUCAGAUACACAUCGUUACCAGUAUCCAAAGCAGUUUCAAAUGGCAGGAAUACUUUCUCGCAACUAUGGAGGACCCUCGAAACCACGUUGGUUACUUUGACCUGGAAAACAUGGCCAUGUUCAACGAAACCCUCGAAUCGAUCGUCACCGCAACAGCAUCUACCCUCGGACAAAGUCCCGAUCGGCUGAACAUCAGCGCUUUCUCAGUUCCCCAACAUUUUUACGACAUCUCAUCCUUCACGAACAUGGUGGAAACAGCUUCGCGGGCGGGAUACAUCCAUCGAACUGGCCAAGUGAUCACACACUUCAACAGUGCACGGCUGGCUUACGAUCUCGACACUUGUGCAGCUGCAGGCCUCGCGCCCGGUUGUAACCUCGAUGAGGAGGAGAAUUAUGUCUUUGUUGUUGAUUAUGGGAAGGCAUACCUUUCCCUCGGGUUUGCUGCAGUCGGCAAGAAGCUGUAUGCUCAGAGUGGCGAGAGGGAUUGGAUUGAAGGAGAAGUUGUGGAUGAAACGGAAGACAAUAGAUAUAUACUGCCACCCUUCACACUGGAAAAGAUUCAGGACUUCCUCGGCAGUCAGUUGGCUAGACGUGAAUGGGACGCGCCCAUCCUCCCUUCACGAAUACUUGCUGUCAUCCUUACGGGUGAGGCAUCGAACGAUUCAAUGUCUGCGAUGAAAGCCCUUCUGGAGGAGGCUCUUCCAGCUUUCAAACACAAGUUUAGGACGUCGAUAGUGCCUAGGUUGGUCGGUGUACUGGGAGCAGCUCACAGAGCACGGCAAAUGGUCAUUGAUGAUAUUUUCCAAGGGCCAGAGCGUUUGAGUGAUCAUGCGCUGACCGAGGAGGAACGGAAUCCACGAAAGCCCAAGAGUCAUGAUGAAUUGUAA